CCGUCGUUAGCGGCUGAGCGCGGUUCGAAUCCUGGCUCCGGAGGCAGCCGCAUGGAUCCCGCACGUUCUUCCUGCCCCGUGAGCUGGGGAGUGAGCGGCCUCACUCGCCUGCGCCGCUUCCUCUGCUUUGGCUCGGAGGGCAGCGUUUACCGUGCGCGCGUGGAUCCACCAACUAAGGAGCACGCUCAGGCUCUGCUGCUGCUGCACCUCGUCGAGAGCGGGCAGGGCGAGGCGGCCGUCCGGGAGAUCGUCUCAGCCGCCGCCGUCGGGUCCCCGGUCAACGCCGACGCCGCCGCUCUGGCCCUCGCCGUCUGUUCCUCCUGCGCCGGCCCCGACGGCGCCGAAGAGACCGUCGCGGCAAAUCCGGCGGACCGGCCGGCGCCGAACGCCGGCACGGAGGAGGCAACCCCGGGGUGGGGAGAAGGGGGAGCCGGCGCUGCCGGAGAGCGGAGCCGAGAGGACCGGGAGCCGGGACCCGCGGAGAGGACUCGGCGGGCGGCAUUUGCGGCUCUGCCGGACGUGUGCCGCACCCCGGCACAACUCUUCUUGUUCGUGAAGUGCCGCGACGAGAUUGCCAAAGGUCGGGCAGGCGGUGGAGGCGGCAGGGGUGCCGUGGGCCGCUGGGGCCGCGCCCAGCGCCGCGCCGUGUCCCGCUGGUACCACGGCCAGACGGGCCGCUCGCUCGUCGGCGCCGUCACCGCGUGCCGGGCGCGCUGCGGCUACGCGCACCGCGACCUGCUGCGUCUGGCGCAUGUCAAGCCGUCCACGCCCGCCGUGCAGCUGGUGGCGAAGUACGUCACGCGCGGCUGGAAGGCGACCAGGGAGGCCUACGCGCACGUCGCCAGCGCGGACAACGACCGCUGCCCCCCGGGGGUCGACGAUGGCUGUGAGAAAGUCGCGGACGGUGCCGGCGCCGGCGGCGGAGGCGGAAGCGGCGCUCGCGCCCAGCGGCGGCGGCAGCUGGAGGAGGAGCGGGAGAAGGAGGAGCGGGAGGAUGGUGGCGGGGAGAGGCCGAGCGACGGCUUGGGCCCGGCGGCGGUGGCAGGAGACGGAGCGUGGGCGCCCGGCCAUGGACACGAGGAGCUGCGCGCGAUGCUGCGCUACCUGAGCGCCGUGGAACGCGUGCGCAGGGCCAGCGACUGCGGAGAGGUGGAGGUGCUGGUGGCCGAGCACGGCCUGGUGUGGCAGCAUCUGCUUACCCAGCAUCUCAAGUCACCGCAGGUGUGGUUGGCGCUGCUGAAGGAGAUGCCGGUGUCGGCCAUGCUGAGGAGCCUGGGCAAGAUGGCCGCGCUGGACCUGCUGGCUCCCGAGAGCGCCGGUGCGGCGCUCGUGUGCCAGAGGCUUGCGGAGACCGACGAGCUGCGCGAGGCCCGCGUGCACCCACUCCACGUAUUGGUGGCAUUGAGGACCUACGAGCGUGGCCAAGCGGGCACAGGGCGGCUCAAGUGGAGGCCCAACCCGGCGGUGCUGCAGGCCCUGGACGCCACCUUCUACUCCUCCAUGCAGGUUGUGCAGCCGACGGGCAAGCGCUUCCUGCUGGCGGUGGACGUGAGCAUCUCGAUGUGCGGCGGCGUCCUGGGCACCCCGGUGCUCAUGGCCAAGACCCUGGCGGCCGCUCUGAGCCUGGUGAUCGUCAACACGGAGCAGAGCGCCACCGUGCUGGCGUUCUCGCAGACGCUCCUCCCCCUGCCCAUCGACCCCUCCCUACGGCUCGACCAGGUGCUGAGGAUCAUGGACCAGGUCCCGCGUGGCGCGACGGACUGCGCACAGCUCCUGGCGUGGGCACGUGACACGGGGACGCCGGUCGACGUCUUCCUGGUUCUCACCGACAGGAAGGCCGCCUGGGGAGCCGUCCACCCGACCGUCGCCCUGCAGGAAUACCGCAAGGAGACGGGGCUGGCAUCGCGGCUGGUCGUGUGCACCCUCACCCGCGACGUGGCGGUGGCCGCCGCCGGCGACGCCGACGACGCCGGCGUGCUUCACGUGUGCGGCUUCGACGCGGCCGCCCUGGACGUGAUCAACGCGUUCGCCUGCGGCAGAUUCUGAGAAUCGAUUCUGGAAAUCGGUCGCCAACGCCAACCCAGAGCUCAACGCCUACCCAUCCACCCACUCCGCCAAACCUGGGGUUCAUUCAAGAUCAACAUUCAAAGCCAUUUAUGUGACCACCACACCUUGCAACAAAUGCUUUCUACCCACUGCUUCUGCACAGUACACGCAGAGCGACCUCCCAAGCUCUGCACUUAACAGUGUCCUGGAAUACAUUUGAAGACUCUAAGUGACCCACACUCUCACACAGACACCCACAAACUCGCAUAGCGACCCGCAGUCUCACACCAAGACCUACAGACUCACACAGAGAGCCACAGACUCAUCGAGAACUACAGACUCGCACAAAGACCCACAUACUCACAUCGAGACCCACAGACUUACACAGAGACCCACAGACUCACACCGAGACCCACAGACUUACACAGACUUACACCGAGACCCACACAUGCUGACACAGAAAACCACAGACUCAUCGAGACCCACAGACUCACACAGAGACCCAUAGAUCUGCACCUGACAAGAGUAUCCCACCACUUGCUUUUCGGUGUUUUCCUCCCCCAGGUCACCGGACUCGUGGAGACCCCUCCAUCGCAGGUCACGGUAAUCGGCCCUCUAACAUCCUGCACGCAUGUCCUGCAGCGCAACCUUCACCUUCCUGCUUCCCAUCUGCACCACUUACCUGCCAUGUUCUCUUGCGGACGUGUGCAUUGCCUUUCCUGUCUUGUCACUAACUUCACAGCAGAUGUCUUGGGCACACGUGCUUAUAUGUCAGCGAAUUCCUUUCCAGCUGCUGAGUGUCCAGCUCCCGGAUCCAAAGUGGUUUCCGUAGCCUAUGAAACGCCCGCCCAGCCAUCCCUAAAGUGUGGCCAUCCCGAACCUAAUUAGGACGGAGCCCGUUUGCAGCCCUCUCUGUUUUCAAUGCUUCCUAUUGGGUCUCCGUUCCGCUGAGCAGCAUGUUGGGAUGGCCACAUUUUUCCAACUUGUAGAUGUGGGUGGCCUAACGAGUGUUCAGGGGUGUCGCACAUUCAGCCCUUGAGUUGGCGGUCUGGACAACGCUGAGAGCGUUGCUCAUUCAAUGCGGCUGUUACAUUAAUGGGAGGUGCACGCAAGGCAUGAUGGGAUUUGUGCUUGCACCGUGGAGGUUUAGUGGGACUGGACUCGUACGCUACCGCACGCGCGUGUGUGUAGGCACGUGUCUGCGCAUGUGUGUGUGCGUGUGUGUGUGUGGACGCGUUUGUGUGCAGUUGUGUUGACUUGGCCCAGAUUGCCACAAUUAUAAUUUUGACAGUGCAUGAAACGUUUGCGGACAACGUGUAGUUGGAUCAGCAUUUCUGUGCUAAAAAAGAAAAAGCACUUGCAACUUUUUACUGGUGGCUACACCACAGGAAGGAGAGUAGAGUCAAGGAGGGUUCAACAGAGUAGAGAAGAGGGAGGAGGGAGAGGUUGCAUCAGCGCCUGGACGCUGCCACUGCUGCUGUGCAUAGGAGUGGAGUCUGUUUUCACAGUGGGCGGUGGAGGGUAUGGGGGGGGGUCAGAGUGGGGGGUGGCCACACGGACGUCACGUGUGGUUUAUAUCGUUUGUACGCCCAUGACGAACAUUUUGUAAUGGUAACGAUUUAUGGCCAUCAACCGGGAGCGAUUCGCUUGAUUUGUCACGAAUCGAGGGGGAAGGGGUCGCGCUUCAAUCGAAUUAUUUUGUUUCUCCCGGUCAUGGUGGUGAGCGAAGCCGGCCGCCUCCCGUGGCCGCGAGGUUGAUGCGAACUGGUCGCCUGCAACAAGCAGACCCAUCAGGACUCCGGUGCGCCACGCUGUCGCGAAGCGCAAGAAUCGAUGCGUGACUUUGACGGAUAGGCGCGCCUUUUGUGCGUCCUGCCGAACACUAUCUGAAGCGUUCGUUCGCUGACAACUUCAGUUUGUAUCGAAGCUAUUGUGAACGUCUGAAAAAUAAGAAUAGUUUACCCUUUCAGGCAAUAAAAUCAGGUGUCCAGAUGUUCAAACACAAAAUAGAUUAACCACAAAUACUUGUGGUCAGUCAGUUUCAAAAACAAUGCAGAAAUUAUCGGAUGAUGUUUGUUUGCAUGUUCACCACAACCGAAAUGCGAUGGGGAUCAUCGCUGCCGGCUCACCUGACAGGCACUCGCUUCCCUGUGGCUUCUGUUGGCCAAGUGUCACUUCAAUCGCUCCCCGUUCCUCAUUCAAGACACUGCUCCCCUAACUGGGACUGAGCUGAGUUCUCAAGUGGGCACCCCUCCUCCCCCUUCACCGGUGUUUCGUCGAUGAGCCCACGACACCUCAGGGGGGGCUCGAUGGCAGAACCAGCGUCCUGGAACUUGCCCCUCGAUCCGCCCCUCCGCUCAGCCCUGCCCCUCCCUGCUGCCUGUUUGGCUCUGCCACCGCUCGUUCCUCUUGAGCCAGAUCCAACGGGUUGCCGCUUCAGCCUGCUUGCCGACGUCGGCCACCGACUCCUUCCUUGCCACCCCUUCGAUGCCGAGCAGCACCCAGGGCCCUCCGCAGUGUUUGUCCUGCCAAGCCCCCUGCAGCUGAGCUCGACUGGUAGAUUCCAUGCUCUCCGUCCAUCCUGCUGGCUCUCAAGGAUGAGGCACUGAUAUUUCCUGAGCCUCCGCUCAUGGGGAUUCCUCGAUCCUCUCCCCCUAGGGCACUGUGAGCUUGAUGAGGACCACCUGCUUGGUUCCUCGAGACCAAAGGACGAUGUCCAGUCUGAGGCUUGUGCUGGCUAUCACCUCUGGGAACCAAUGUUGCUUCCGGCGGUCUGCCAACAUCUCCCAGUCACCUGCUGUAGCAAGGAGCCUCUCUCCUGACCUGAGUGGAUGAAACAGGGGCCCUGGGUUAGUUGGCUUGGCUAUCUACCUGCUUCUCCAGUCCCGCGGCCAGCUGAGUGAGGAUUUGGUCAUGUCGCCACCUGAACUUUGCAUCUGCCAGACCUGCUUGGCAGGAGGAGAGCCACGUGUUCCAGGCUGGCUGGCCUUCCUCCAGCCCCCACGUGUGGAGAUUUGUUGGUGUGGGCAACACAUCAUACACAGAGCAGGGCAGAAACAUAAUCCGCUACCCUUCCAUGUUCCCGAUGUCUUGCUCGGUCUGUGCCCUCUCUCGUACGCUCUCCUGGCGUGUCCAGCUGCCAUUUUCUUUCACGGCUACAGCUUCGUCAGCGUGUCGGACCUCUCUCUGCACUAUGCCACGGCGCUCUUUUGGAUCCGCUUUGUUCCAGCUUCACCUGGUCGUACAUCCCCGGCCCAGCCUGCCUCCUCGAUUCACCGACCCGACAAUGUCCGCGCGUUGCGGCCAUUCCUCCGCCUCCCCGAGCGCUCUGCUGGCUGGACCACUUGCGAACCGUUCUUACUCGGAUCUCUUGCCUGGCGAACGUUAUCGUGCAUGAUGUCCCCCGCAGCAUCGUGGCCUUACGAGCUUUCGUUGCCUUGUACAGGCCGAUGGAGCGGAAGCUUCUUGGGAGCGCCGUCCAUCUCCCGAGGAAGUUGUUGGUUGUCCUCUCUAGAGCCUCCAGAAGGGUUGACAGAGGUAUCUCCAUAGAUAGGCAGCGGGCAGCAGAGGAGUCCCCCGUGUUGGUAGCCCCAGGCCGUAAACUUGCCAGGUAGGCCACUCUUCUCCAGAGAUGUCAUCCAAGUGUUGGCUUGCAAGAGCGUCUCCUUCAAACUCUUCUUGUCGUUGAGCUCGGCCCUGUGCCACCUCUUCACAGGCUUCUUGACGGUGAGGGAUGGUCUCUUCUCCGAUCUUAAAUCGGUACCUUUCCUGGACAAGUGCCGUUUUCAGGACUAGGCUUCUGGACUUGGCAGGCUUGAAUCCCAUUCUGGCCGAUUUGGUGAGCUCUACCGGAUCUUCCGGACUCCAUUUGCCUUCCGUGUGUGGUCAAUGCAGUCUUGAUUCCUUACAAACGGCAUCUAUUUGGUUUUUUGAGCAUCUUCACACCACCUGUUUUAUUGCCAGAAAGGUUAAAGCAUAAUUUUAUUUGUCAUACUUCGACACUGGCAAAAGAGGUCCCCCAUGAUAUCUCUGUUGUCAUUGUCGGAGGAGGGAGAUGACCACUACGCUGUGUUUUAAUCGCCGUCUCGGGAGUGCUGGCCCACUCUGCCCGUUUGUCAUUACAUUGCUGCACAAGGGGGGGGGGGCCUUCCCCCGCACCUUGCGGGCCACAUGUGAGAUUUUGAUCAUACUUCACGCUGGUCAAUGCAGGUCGGUGAAGGUUUUAGUGGGAGUGCGGGACGCGCGACAGAUUUUCUGCGCUGCCUUCCCGCUAACCACAACGCCUAUAACGCCUGUUAUGCAUGGCGAUAACCCAUCCAAGCACUGUCCAAGCUCGACGCUGCUUAGCUUGGAAUCACCGUAUCGGGUGCAUUCCGGGUGGUCUGGUCCUAGGCUCCCCAUUCCUCCUAUCACAUUUCUAAAAGCUCUUUUACAUUCAUAUUGCAGUAAUUGUACACUACAUGAGUGAUGUUGCAGCUAUGGGGCCAGCUCAUGUUGACGGUAUGUGUGAGGCAUGGCCCACAUUUAUAGCCGUGGUGUUAUCGUGUCCAGUAGUAGUGAUGUUAUGUCACUGCCAUCGGGGCAGUUCCCAGAGCAGUGGUUCUUAACAUUUACUGCAGCCUUGCACCCCCUUUGUUUCUGAAUCGUAAAAAGAAUUGUGAGGAAAUUCAUAGGGUUUGACGAAACAAAGGAAUAUUCUUGGUUCUUCCGGUAAAGUGCGUGUUCUCCCCGUGGUCGCGUGGAUUUAUGUCCGGGUCCUCCGUGUUUUCCCCUCUACAUUUAGAAUCAAUGUCACUAUGCGUUUAGAGUUAUUCGGCUGCUAUUAUAUUUUUCCCGCGAGCUAAGCCGCUUCAUUGGGCUAUCAAUUGUGAUGGUCAGGUUUGCUUCAUAAAAAUAAUUACAUAUCUCAGUGGGCCUUACCUGGUAGAUAGAAAAUGUGUUUAGAUCGGUAAAAAAAGUAAAAAAAAAAUUUAGUUUUUAGUUUCGGUUCAUGAAACGGUACUACUUUCUGAGAAGUCAGCAGUGGCUGCUCUUUGGAGAGACUUGCUCUUGCCAUAGAAAUGUAGAAUUUCCACCAUUGGCCCAAUUGAUAUGAGCACCUUCACACUAUUCACCUGCUCCUGUUUUGGAGACACCUCGAAUAUUUAUAAAGAGUGUCCUGCAAGAGGUCAGGUGUGUGAUGACGACGAUGAUGAUGGUGAUGAUGGUAGUCAUUGCGUUCCCAUCUGGAGUGGCGAUGUCACUAUCCCAUGGAAAAAAAAAAUGUGCUCGGCUCGUGGUGGAAUUUCGCUGUUUUAUUUCAAGCGAAGGUGCUAGAAACGUCGUGAUCAGGGGCUACACCAGCAAGGUACAGAUGGUUGCCUGCCACUGGUUUAACGCUUGGAAGCUCAAUGGACAACGCACUACGGGGGUCGCCGGUUAGUCAAUGCCGUUUCCUGCUGCCGCUGUCCGCCCAGCAGUGUAAGCGGAUCCACCACAGUUAUGCCUUGUGAUCGGAAGGUUGCGUUUUGGUGGGGUCAAGCCGUGGUUGCCCUCACCUCUUCCAGCACGUCUGGGGCAGCGUGGAACCGUAGGCCAACUCCCACCGUGGAGCUCCUGCUGGUGGGAGCCCAUCCGCCAGCAGGGGCGAGAGCUAGACGCUCCAGGGCUGCGCCUCUACCUGUUGGCACGUGCGCGUGCGUACGCUGACCAUCUUCCGCACAGUACGUCGCUAACCGUGCUAAUCGGAGGUGCGGGGGAGGGGGGGAGGAAUGACAACAAACUAAACACACGAAAAUCAGUUCUUCAGAAAUUUAAUUACUUUACAAUCUAGAUUUUUGUUUUUAAAUCCGUUGCGGUGUCGGGGUUUUUACGAGUUGUCGUGCUCUCUGGCAGCACACGGAUUUAGACAUUUUUCCCGCCGCCUCGUUCCGCUUUGGGGCGCGCAAGGUUCACCGUGGACGGGAGGCCGUGGGCGCCGUGGCUCUCACGAACCUCUCUGGGCAGGAGUUGACGUCUCUCUCGCCAGUCUCCGCGCCAACGCAUGGGAGUGGGUGAAUGUGCCCAGUUUCGAAUUUGCCGGCAAUGUAACGGCGUUUGACCCGGUGGGAGGCGCGUGGUCUUACGUGAGUUUGAAAGCCAAUCGAAACCAAAAAAACAUUAAUUCCACGCGCAUGACCAGGAAGUGGAAUGCUGUAAUUACGUUGUUAUUUUUUUUGGCCCACACUUGAAGUCUUGAAGACUUGAGUCUGUUUCUGGGAGGGUUCUACUUUUGGUGAUGUCUUGGCCAGUAUGACUUGUACGUGAUUAACUAUGGGGGAGGGGGAACCAGAGAACGCGGAGAAAACCCCGCGCAGAACAGGGGAGAGAUUUUGGAACUUUUGCGCGAAGGAACGGUUUGCCCCAAGUCGGGAAUCGAACCCAGGCCCUUCAUGCAGUGAGGCACGAGCAUAUGCCACGCCACCCUGCUACCCGACAAAUUCGCUCGUGGUUCUUUUUUUUCCUUCAUUUAGGAUUGCGGUGAAUGAGUAGGAGCUGCGUCGUUCCGUACGCGAACUCAGCGUGCACCGUCCUGGAAGAUCGGUGAGAUGAUUUUCAACCUCUUUGUUAAUCCACUGCUGGAUGAAGGCCUCCCAGUGCAGCUUCGGUCGCGGGGAUUGUUUGACCAUACUUCACCAUGCUGGUUAGUACGAGUUGGUGAAGAGAAAUUCAUAUUCUGUCCCCCCCCCACUCCACAACUGAUGUUUGCAAUGGUUGGGAAUGAAACUCCGGUCGCCAGGUUCAUAGUGAAGCGUACUAACCACUGUGCCACUACUCCCCCCCCCCACCAUGGACGGUGAUGGGUAAUAAAGUAAUACAGACAUAAGUCUCUCCACGUGCAAAUACAAGAAACCCAUGAACCCACGUCUUAGCCUAUCGGCCUGUGGACAUUCUGGACCCAAUACUCUCAGUUUCUGAAGCGACCCUAAACAAUAAGCUAACCCGCUUUUUCCUGGCGGAGGGCAAACAAACAGAGACUCCCACAUUUGGGGCAAGUGCUGUCAGCGCAGCACCUGUGAAGGCCAACGUGGCAAUCCCCGGCGAAACUUCACGGCACUCGGAUUGUAAAUGUUGUGGGUUUUCCUUUCCGACACAGCCGGUGUGCUGAAGUAGAAACUGACACGUUUUGUUCACGUGACAAACUUCAUUCAUUGGCUUUGGCGAUUGGUGGUGGGGUAAUGACGCAUUUAUAUUUGCGCGCUCUAACCUAUGAAAAAAAACCCAUUAUGGAUGAUGUUGGUUCGCGAAAGCCUACGUGUUGAACGUCACGAGGAGUGGGUAGCACCACGCACGACCGCCUUUGUCUCCCCGCUGCUGAUGUCAACUGACCCUGCACAGGUACUCGCUUGAGGCCAAGCUGACCUUGAGGGAGGCCCAGGACUAGUUCAGAUAUUUCGUCGCCGAUGUUCUGUCCGUGGCUGUGAAUCGAACUCGGGCCGCCGGCUUCGUAGCGCGGUUCGCCCGCGGAGCGGCGCACGUCGCAACGUGACGGAAGUGAAACGCGUCGGAGCGCGCGGGGGGGGUAGCGCACAUCUUCUGUAAACCUACCCGGCAGUGCCACCACACGUCUACAGCGGAGAGACCGUCCCCCGAGUGGUCAGGCCCGACGUAUCUGUCCGUCUACGCGAGGUGCUAAACCUUUUUAUAUAUCCUUAAAAGAGCGUGGUUCGUCACGCGUCGAUGGUGAAACUGAAAGUUUUGUAACUCGCUAAAUGGAAUAUGCAAACGGUCGAUAACCUAAUUUUUAUUGACGUCCUAAUUACUUGCGUGCAUUCGACGGCGUGCCGGGUCUGAGACCAGCAGACCACUCUCCCCUGGGGAUGCGGUUGAAUCACGCGUGGCUUUAGAACCCGGACUCGAACCCACGAUCCCAGGCAGCGAUGCUGGCUCGGUGAUCUGGCAACGGCGAUUGUGAUCCCCCCCCCCCGCACGAUCUUGACAUGUCAAUCCAAACCCGCAGUGUUUCUCGAACUCCCGUCUCCACUACUAUUAAUAAUUUUAAUAAUGACAAUUGAAAAUGUUUGAUAUUUGCGACGCACUCAUAGCGCAAGGCUGCCACGAUGUUUCGGCUGCCUGUUGGGGGCGAUGUUGCCACGCGGUUUUUACCCGGUUGAGUAAUUUGCGAGAUUUAGUUUUCAAAGUUGCCGGGUUUCUAAACGUGACGCCAGCAUACCUUGACCUUCCCUUCUCGAAUAACGUCGCGGCGUUCUUUAACACGCGGCCAUUCCAGCUGGCCAUUGCAUUCGCAGGUAUUGACCAGGGUGGUCGCUGGGCUCGCGCCGCGAACCCUCUCAUACAAUUGCCCCGUUAACCAGGGGUGGGGAACGUUCGGCCCGCGGGCCGUAUGAGGCCCGCGAAAUCAUUUGGUGUGGCCCUGCCAAGGCAACCGCAGGCGGGACUCGAAAUUCAAUAAAUCUCGGAGCCAACCUGGAAAAGCAGUUGCGAGUAGCAGCAACAUCAUCAAUACCAGCUAACAUCACACGCCUCGCCAAAGAGAAGCAGUUCCAGCCAUCGCAUUAGGGGCGAGUUAAUUAAAUGUUUGACCGAAUAUAACGGGCUAAUUUUUAAGUUGAUAAUUUUGUAUGGCCCGCGAGUGAUGUUAUAAAUAUCCAAAUGGCCCUUGGCAAAAAAAAGGUUCCCCGCCCUUGCCGUAAACAUUUAAUUGGUCUACGGAUUGUUCUGCUACGCGCUGCACAUGCUCGGCAUUUGGUCACCGAGGAAAGCCAGCACACCGGUGGGACUGGAGUUUUGAGAGACGCCAGUCUGGAGCGAUGGCUCUGGUCUGCGUGCCUCCGCUAAGCUGGAGCGAAACUGUUGGGCAUUUGUUGAAACGGUUUGAGGGUUUUUUUGUAACGUGUUUUAGAAGGAUCAGAGGCAGGUUGUGAACACAUUAAACUGUAGACUUUUAAACGA